UACUUUCUCUUUUGAGCAGUGUGUGUGUGAUCCUGCGCACCUGACUACUAUUUCAGAGAGAGCAGGAAAAGAACGAGGGAUUGAUGUCUCUGAGGAAGAAGAAGACAAAAACAGAGGGAGGAGAGGAGAAGAAGGAAAGGAAGAGAAGCUCGCUUAUCUUUAGUUUCAGGAGAAAGUCCUCUGCAUCCACAGAGGAAGGAAAGACGAACUCCCCACACAGGGCAAGCCAUGAUGCAGUGCUGCCCUCAGUGGAGCCUGGGUGGGUCAGAAGUUCUGGUUCAGAAGCAGAAUCUGACCUUGAGGAACUGGGCCGGAGCCUCAUGGAGGCACUGGGGCCGGUUCUGAUGGGCGGAACCAGUGGACCCCCGGAGCAGAACCCUGGUAGCCUGCUGGAGGCCUGGGGGCAGAAGAACCCUGUUCCUGCCCCGGGUCAGGGCAGUAGAGCAGGCAGGUACCCCCAGCUCUGGCUCCAUCAGUUCCAGCUGCAGGUGCAGAAGUCAGUGGAGCGGCACUUCCCCUCUCUGCCUGAAGGGGUCAGUGCUGAGCAGCAGCCCCCCCAGCCCAGCACCUACCUGAGGCAGGUACAGGAAGUGGUGCAGAGGGAGCUGCUGCGAUUGGCUCCUGUGCUCAAGGAGGCGGGGCUGCUUGGUACUGUGAUUGACAGGUACCACACCCACACAGUCAGCCAGCUGCAACUGCUGCUGCAGGAGAACUUGGAUAUGAACCAGACAUUCACACUACUGGAGUGGACACUACACACCAACCUGAGGGACAACAUGCUGAGGCAUGCUGAGUUGGCUGCGGAUGUCCAGGUUGCUGCUGACCUGCUGCUGCUCAGCCAAUGGAUCCAGAAGGCCAAGAGCAAACUCCUCAACGUCACAGAGUUUUAUGUAGCAGGCUGCCUGCAGCGCAUCCUGAAGAUGGAGGAAGAGGAGGUGGAGUCACGUGACUACAGUGAUGAAGAGGCCUUCAUUAGACUCCCUCUGGACGUCACACAGUGCCUGACGUCUGUGGCUCGGAGAGCAGAAACUGUCAGUCGGUCUCUUUUGGGGGAGAUCCAGAGGAUCAAUCUCUCACAGCUUCACGCCUUCAUAAACAGGUUUAGAGCACUGGAGAGGAAGCACGUAGGUAAUGGAAAGGGAGGCGUCCUACACCUGUUCAGGACGGUCAACACCUACAGGGAGCUCAGGCUGCUAGCGGUGCAGUUAGCCUCUGAGGCUCAGACUGAUGCUGCUUUUCCUGCUGCUGAUGCUGUGAAUCUCUUAAAGGAGCUGGAGGCACAAGCCACCAAACAGCUGCUGCACACAGCCACACGCAACACAGAGGUGCGUUUGCGGAGCUACUUCAAGGAUGGAGACACACACCUGCAGCAGCUCCUGAGUGAGAUGAAGAGCCAGUUCAAAAAUCUGCCCACGGAAUGUGACACACACAAGGUUGUCAUGGACACAGUCUACAGUCGGAUCGUGUCACUGUACCUGGAGCAGCUGUUGCUUAGCAACCACAUUGACUUGGAGAAGAUGUGGGGCGAAGUGGGUGUGGUCAUUAAGGAGGAUGCAGAAGAGAUGCAGAAAGUGUUUUCUCAACAGAAUGGGGGUGUGGAACAGAAGAGUGAGCUCCUGCUGAAGGCAGCUGAGAUUGUGAGCUGUGAGGAUGUGAAGGCUCUGAAGAUCUCCUGCCUGGAACUCAGCACAGACUACCCUGACGUCAGCAAGAAACAGCUGAAGAAACUGCUGCAGUGGAGAGGCCGGUUGUCGUCACGACAGGUGAAGGCUGUCCUGGAGAUAAGUCACCAAGGCAACAGGCUGCCUUCGUGGAUACCUGAUAUUACGAAUGCCUUAACUAAGAUGCUUCCCCAGAGUUAAAACCCACACGCGCGCACACACACACACACACACACACACACACACACACACACGCACACGCACACACACACCAUAUCAGUCCAGUGUCCCAACUGUGUAUUUACAUGUUGAUUACAUAUAUAUAUAUAAACACAUAUUUGUAUAUUUUGAAAUAAAAGG